AUGAACAAGAAAAGAAUAAUUGUGCUAUCAAUAAUAGUAAGCUCUCUCUUGUGUGCUCUAGUUGUUGGGAUUAUUUUUACAAUUAAAAAAAGGCAGAGCUUAAAAGCUUCUACAGAAAAACCAUCCAGUAUUCUAGCCAAAGCAAUUAAAGAAACCAAAAACCUGCAAGAACCAGAAAAGCUUAAGAAAGGGACAGAACAAGAAAAACUUUCAGAGGCUGCAUGCAAGAAAAUAUUCUCUUUAAGUCUGGAUCCAGAGAACAGCCUGUAUGAGUUCACGUAUCCGAGCUGCCAAUCAUUGCAGUACAUAAACAAAAAUCUAUCUUCUAAAAGCAAUUCUCCACCGGAAACAGAAAUUAAAACCCCCAAGGUAGCAGAGGGAAUUAAGAGUAGAAUAGAUUUGCUAAACAAAGCAGCUAAAAACAGCAGUGUCUCUGAAGAAAAAAACACUGAAAGUGAUUUAACUAAAAGAAGAAACAAAGAUAUAGUUAUUGGCAGGAAGGAGACAAUGCUCUACUUAGUCAGAAUUAAUCAGCUCUACAAGAACUUGGAUUUGGUUGACAGGCCUGCGCAGAGUGAGACAGAACUAGAAAAAGCACUGACUUAUUUUAGCACUAAGAAAAACUAUGCUGACAUAAACAUAAGCAAAAAAAGCAAGUCCUUCCUCAGAUUUAUUGCAAACACAAUGCUUUUUUUGACUCGGAUUCAAGCGCCCUUGGGAAACUGCAUUGUUUCUGAAAUUGAUAUGACAAACAAAGUGGUGUCUGUAGUGAUAGAUGUUGAAAGCAUUAAGAAGAUGGUAAAAGACAAGAAAAGCUUAAUGGAUAUAGAGCGAACUGUGAGAUCAACUCUAGAAAAGAAUUUGAAAAGCAAAGACAAGGCUGGAGAAAAGAACGCAAUAGUAGAUGCAUACAAAAAAAGCCUUGAGGAGACUGUUAAUGAGCUAAUCCGCAUAUUUGAUGAAAUGCUUUUAUUAAUUGAUACUGAGCACACUGUUACCACCCCAAUAGAAAAAGCACCCAACUCUGAAAAGUCUCCUGCCACUGCAUCUCAAGAAAUUGCGAAUUUUUCUACUAAUGGACCGCUAGUGCUUAAGCCUGUGAAAACCAGCAGCAAAAAAAAUGUUGUAGACCUAUGCGAUGAAACUAAAACAGAGCUAAAGAACACCCCCGUUGCAACUAUUGAGAGAUGGUUUGUUGAGUACGAUUUAGCAAAAGAUGAUAAAAAAGAAAAGAGAAAAGUUAUCAUGAAGAUGCUAUUUCAGAAAAUGCCGCUUGACUCAAGCACCCUUGCCAUUGAAGGAGCAACAAAGAAAAAUGAAGCUGUGUCUGCCCAGGCAUUAGAAAAGAAGGUCUCUGAAGAAGAGGAGAAAAACUGCAUUUACUUUAUUGACAUAGACAAGAUUGGCGAUCUGUCAAUCUGUAUACUAAAGGCAAUGGAAGAAAACUUCAUUAAAAUAAGAGAUAAUGAAAAAGGAUCUCUAGACAGAAAAGUAUACACGUUUUUCAGAUCAGUUCGGUAUGCUAUGACCCGCAGCACAUUCACCAGCAUUAACCAGCAAAAUGUUUUAUCUAUAAACAGAUCAAAAGCAGAGAUCCAAUACUUUGUAGGAUAUUUAUUUAUACUCAACCAGAACAAUCCAAGCAUUUUUACAGAGACGCUUACUAACUUCAUCGUAGUUAACAAGUUCAUUGAGAAAAAACAAUAUAGGAAAGAGGAGGAUUCAUCAUCAGGGGAUAAAGGCAAACUGAGCUGGUAUUUGACAGGCAAAUCGAGCAGCACAUCUAAUACUAUCUCUGUUGCAUCCUAUGACACUUUAGCCAGUCAUAAUAUUAAAGAAGCAUAUGAAAAGCAUAUGGAAGAGACAGCAUAA